GCAAACAAAUAAAAUCUCUUUUGGAAAGCGGUGCCUUGUCACCACUAUGAUGGCAGUGGCCGAGCCCUCCCUUUCCACUGCCUUUCUUGUCGUUUCCUUCGGAGGCACCCCCCGCUCCUCCUCCUCCUCCUCGGAUGACGCGGAGAGGAUCCUGCGCUGCCCACAGAAGUGGGCGAAGAGCGGACCGCGGGUAUAAACAGCUUCCAGGGACUCCUGCAUGUCACUGCGUGAAGCCGCAGGGACUCGGUCACCAGAGCUGAACCUCAGCAGAGAUAGCAGCAAGCAGGCACUUCCACGCCGCGCAGGCUAACUCGCUUUCGGCUUUGGUUCGAGAUGGAGACUCGUUGGACCGUGAGGGCUUCCAGCGCCCGCAACUUUAAAAGUGGACUGAUACUGUGGUUGGUUCUGUGGUUGGUGGUGGUGAAGCCAGGCGGGGUUUCUGCAUGCCCCAGAUUAUGUGUGUGCUACCCCACGCCCAUGACGGUCAGCUGCCAGUCCCAGAACCUCACCAUAGUGCCAGCUGGUGUGCCCUACGACUCACAACGUGUUUUCCUGCAAAACAACCGCAUCACAGAGCUUCGCGCAGACUCUUUCGGCUUUGAGACACAGGUGCUUUGGCUGUACGGCAACAACAUCACAUGGAUUGAGGCUGGAGCUUUCAGUAACCUCAGAAUCCUGGAGGAGCUGGAUCUGGGUGACAAUCCUUCCCUGCGGCACCUGGAAGGUGGAGCAUUUAGGGGCUUGGAGAAGCUGCAGAGCCUGCACAUGCAUCGCUGCAAGCUGGCAACUCUCCCCCAUGACAUCUUCCACAAACUGUACAGCCUGCAGUUUCUGUACCUGCAGGAAAACCAACUCCACUUUCUGCAGGAUGAUCUGUUCUCCGAUCUGGUCAACUUGACCCAUCUCUUCCUCCAUGGGAAUCGCAUCCGCGCUCUGUCUGAAAACGUCUUCAGAGGCCUGGUCAACCUGGACCGCCUCCUGAUCCACGACAACCGCAUCCGACAGGUCAACCGGCGGGCCUUCCGUGAUUUGGGCCGCCUAACUAUCCUCUACCUGUUCAAUAACUCCAUAGCUGAGCUGCCAGGCCAGACCAUGAAAGAUGUUCAGGGUAUUCAGUUCCUCCGCCUCAACGGCAACCCCUGGUCCUGCGGUUGUGAGGCCCGUGCCCUGUGGGAGUGGUUCCGCAAGGCUCGCAUCUCCUCUUCUGAGCUUGUGUGCAUCUCACCAUCUCAGCGCCGCGGCCAGGACCUUCGAUUCCUUCGGGAGAUGGACUUUGCCAACUGCCCUCUGCCCGAUCCAGGCUCUCUGGCUGGAACCACCACAACCACAUUCAGCACCAAGACCCGCUGGUGGUUCUCCAAACACAAGUCAGCAUCUGCCUCCAAGGGCUCCUCCUACCAAAAGAGCACCGACGGAGUAAAGGCCUUCCCCUUCUCCCCAGUCAAGCCUCAGUAUCCCCCUAAAAUCCCCUCUGAGGUCAUUCCCUCAAAGUAUGAGCUGUCAGAGGAUGAGGCGGCACUCCCCAAACUGGAACCAGAAGAAUACUGGGCCAACUACGGCAACGAAGACUCCUCGAUCCGCUGCUUUGAGCUGGAGUGCGCUCCAAGUUAUGACAGUGCAGCUUUUCCCUCAUCCUCCUCCUCAACCAUCACCCCAUCCCUGCUCUACCUGCUCUCCAUUUCUGUAGCCACGUUUGUCCUCCAGCUCCUCUUCAGCUGAACUGCUUUCUCCUUUACAGUCUUUUUCAAUCUCUUCUGCUGAUCUUUGGUUUUUCUUCCGACUAAAAACUGCAUGUUAGUUCUCCUGGACGCUCCGGAGGAGCAACACGGAUGCAGAGACGAGACAGAGAGAUCCGAGAGUUAGAUGAACUGAAUUAGAGAAGAGCAAAGUACCGAUGCUGGUAGUUGCUCCGUAGUUCAGACUAUAAGGGAUCAGAUCAUGAGAAAGCUGUGAACAACGCAGGCGUUGUGACACAUCAGUCAGAGUUCACCAUUCAUCUCAGUUUAUCACAUGAAAUUAAACUGAUAGACAAAAAUAAUGUAGACCAGGAAAAACGUAGAAUCUCACAUGGAUAUUGGCCUUAUUGUAAAUACAUCUGUACAUACAUCCACUGUACAUUGUAUAUUAAACCAGCUGGAUUUUUACUUUUAUGAAACGACUGCUUUUAGUGAUUAAAAAAACACGAUUAGAGUGCAAAAAGAAGGCAAAGUCAAUGUGGAAAUGUGUUUCGUUCUCUAUCUUUGUUUGUCUCUGAUAAUUUAAGGACUCUCCUGGAUGAAGAGAACUUCAUUGCUGAGCACCACAAGAGUUCCUCAGAUUGUGUGUUUUUAUUUAUUUUGUUGGUAUAUGUUUGGAGAAAAAAUGACCAGAAGAAGAAGAAGAAGCUUUGAUCACUGAAGUUGAGCUAAAGUGCAGUUAAUCUUAAGUGUCUUGGAGCAGGUUAGAAAAGAAACCACCUGAGUCCUGCACAACUCUGUUGUGUAACACUUGAUGAGACCGGCUUUUCUCAAUCGAACUAUUUAUAAAGGUCUAACUUGGUCAUUAUUUGUGGAAGAAAUGUUUUUCUCAUCAGUCUCACUUGUUAAAUCUCCGUCCAACCUGAAUCAUAAUUGUCGGUUUUUGGUUUUAACAUGGAAGAAGAUACUGUGACGUUGAGUGAUUUUGUGUUUUUUCAAGAAAAACAACCACUAGUAAAGUGUUUUACUUUGUUAUAAAAUAAAGAAAAACAGAAAUGAAGCA